AUGGAAGGCCAAGCUUCAUCUAGUCCAUUGUACCGACACAAGCGUUUUGCUUCACCGCGAGCUAUCCGCCUACUAUAUCUGCAGCCGGCAUUUCGCUUCGAAGAACCCAUCGAAGUGACCCUUCGACAGACCUUACUCCAUGCUCUUGAUGAUGACUACGAAGCGUUGAGCUAUGUAUGGGGUGCUCGCAAAGGCACCAUCUCUAUUACCUGUGACGGAGCGGCACUACUCGUGACACCAAACUGCGAGACAGCAUUGCACCGUCUGAGGCACAACAACCGCGUUCGAAGUUUGUGGAUCGAUGCUAUCUGCAUCGACCAAGAAGACUCGGCCGAGUCUCUUGUCGAGCGCAACACGCAGGUUGCAAUGAUGGGCGAGAUAUACUCGAAGGCGCAGCGUACUUUCUGCUGGUUGGGCGCAGGUUUCGCAUAUACUGGUGAGGUCGUGCGUCACUUGGUCCGCAUUGGUGAGUGUCCGUCGCAGAGAGGAGUGGCGAAGUUAAUGGAGCUCGAACAGAAGCUGCUGAAGCACGGUGAUAUUGACGAAGAAACAUCUUGCCUUGACCAUAUCUUCAAUCAUCCAUGGCACCGCCGAAUCUGGACAGUACAGGAGGUGGCCUUCUUACAAAGUUGUGAAAUCGUGUGCGGCAGCUCUUCCAUACCAUGGACGUUGUACUCGUCAGCAGCAAAAUUUCUAAUUUUCGAACAGUUCAUCGAGAACAUUGCUCUAAGCGCUGCGACAAGCAUGGCAAGUAUCGACAUGCGAAACGUCUUACGCGAUUACCUGCUCAAGGGAUCUGGUGCUGGCAUUGCAGAUGACUGGCUUCCUGAAGACCGUCACCAUCGACAGGUCACCUUUCUGACGUCGGCAAUGGCCGAAGGAAAUUUCAUGCAGGCUACUGACCCGAAAGACAAAGUCUACGGCUUGCAAGCGGUGUUUGCCAGUUUGGGCGUCGAGCUCCCCGCCGUGGACUAUUCCAAGCCAGUCACCGCGGUAUAUACGAGUGCUGCUGUAGCCAUGAUCUCGUGGUCCAGAACGCUGAAGGUCCUCAAAGACGCGUGCAGUGUGCAUCGGCAGCAUGGUCUGCCCAGCUGGGUGCCUGACUGGAACGACUCCGAGAUCAGGCUGUACGUGGCAGAUGGUGACGCAACAAAUGGGUCCCGGACGGCUGAUGCAUCGGUGGCGGCCCUUUGUCCAGAACUUGGAAAGCUGCACGUUCGGGGGAAGAGGGUUGGUAAGGUUGUCACAGGCAGCGAGGGCGGCAUCCUGCUGCGUUUCCCAACGCGUACAUCUACGGAGAGCCUUGCGAUCCUUGCGAAGGACGAAACACGAGCUGUGGAUGACGUUGACUUUCUACGGCUCCUGAUCGAAAAAAUACAACUCUUUCGUCAGCUUCUGAAUACACUCUCCUCGAAAUCUGUGCUGUGUGGCGGCGAAGAUGCAGUCGAUGUCUUCUUCGACCUACUCUGCCUUCAAGAGGCGACCGAGCACCGCAGUAUGUUCCAAGAUUUCAUCGACCUGUUGACUUACCCAAAAAGCAGCUACGACCUCACGUUCGGCAAAGACUUAGCAGAAGACUGGAUAGCUGGCGACACAACGAACGCGCUGAAUUGGACUGAAGAGCUGACGCAGUGUGCUAUCAUCGUAGCUUCUUUGAUCUCAAGAACGAUUCAAGACGGCGGGAGAAGCUUGGAAGCGCACGACGCCUUCCUCGACCUUGUGAAAGAUAUGUCGAGCAAUCUAGCAGACCAGGCUAUCUUCACCGUUCAGGUGUCGGACGAAGACCCGACGGUAACACUGGGUAAGACUUUCUACACAGUGCAAGCUGGCGACUCCGUAGUGUUGCUCGAGGGCGCAGAGUGGCCUUUGGUUUUGAGGCCGUCUGGGUUAGUUUGGUCGCUUGUCGGGCCCGCUUUCGUCCUCGAUAUGAUGGACGGAGAGCGAUGGCUUGACAGUCAAGACGGUGAAAGUGGCGACCUGCAAAGCUUCGUUCUGGUGUGA